AUGAUUAAAGAUAACAACGAAAUUAUUCCACUAAUGGGCAAGAAAACAAAUCCAUCUGGUAUUCCCCCUUCAAACCAGCAAGAGAAAAAGCCGACCGAAAGCACUCCCACAAAGAAAAGUUCACACUUUUUCCUGGAGAUUGAAGGUUUUGAAAGCAAUGCAACUCCAAAUAACACCUCUCCCCCUGUGUUUUCAAAACCAAUGGAUUCAAACAUUCGCCCAUGUGCAUCUGGAAAUGGGGAAGAUAUGGAUUCCCCCCAGUCUCUUCAGGAUGAUGCAACUGAGUAUAGCCCUAAUGCAGACAGUUGUGGUGCUAACACAUCCCAAGGACCUGAGCAGACUAGAGCCAGGAAGAAGCUGAAGAGAGACCUGUUUCGGGCAGUGUCUGAGGGGAACCCAGAAGAGCUGCAGCGUCUGCUGGGGGAGCUGCGGGAACGCUCCUCUGCCUGCACCAGCGCCACUGUGCCGGAUUAUCUGAUGAAAAAAUUCACAGCUUCAGAUACUGGCAAAACUUGUCUGAUGAAAGCUCUGCUGAACAUCAACCAAAACACCAAUGAGAUAGUGAAUAUGCUCCUGUCCUUUGCAGAAGAAAAUGGCAUUUUGGAAAGAUUUAUCAAUGCAGCAUACACAGAGGAGGCAUAUAAAGGCCAGACAGCUCUGAAUAUUGCCAUCGAAAGAAGACAGUAUGAAAUCACCCAGAGCUUGAUAGAAAAAGGGGCUGAUGUCAAUGCUUAUGCCCAAGGGGUUUUCUUUAAUCCCAAACAUAAGCAUGAAGGCUUUUAUUUUGGUGAAACAGCACUGGCAUUAGCUGCAUGUACCAAUCAACCAGACAUACUGCAGCUAUUAAUGGACAAUACCAGGACUAAUAUUACUUCUCAGGAUUCCAGAGGAAACAAUAUCCUCCAUGCAUUAGUUACUGUGGCAGAGGACUUUAAAACCCAGAAUGACUUUGUAAUCAGAAUGUAUGAUAUGAUUUUGUUGAAAAGCAAAGACAGAAAUUUGGAAACAACAAAGAACAAGGCAGGUUUGACACCACUGCAACUGGCUGCAAAAACUGGGAAACUGGAGAUUCUAAAAUACAUCCUGAGCAGAGAGAUAAGAGACAAGGCAAACAGGAGCCUGUCAAGAAAAUUCACAGACUGGGCUUAUGGUCCUGUUCAGUCUUCUCUUUAUGAUCUGACAGAUCUAGACACCACUGCAGACAACUCAGUACUGGAAAUUAUUGUCUACAACACAAAUAUUGGUAAUCGUCAUGAAAUGCUGACUUUGGAGCCUCUGAAUUCACUCCUGAGAAUGAAGUGGAAGAAGUUUGCACGCCACAUGUUUUUUAUCUCCUGCUGUUUUUAUUUCCUAUACAAUGUGACAUUAACGUUAGUUUCCUACCACAGGCCUAAUGAAAAUGAAGCUCCACCUUAUCCAUUGGCUCUAACUCGUGGUGUGGGAUGGCUGCAGUUAUCUGGACAGGUGAUGGUUAUGUUAGGAGCAAUAUUUUUAGCCAUAAAAGAGAGUGUGGCCAUCUUUCUGCUUAGGCCCUCAGACCUGCAGUCAAUUCUCUCUGAUGCAUGGUUCCACUUUGCUUUUUUUAUACAAGCUAUGCUUGUGAUCUUCUCUGUCUUUUUGUACUUGUUUUCCUACAAAGAACACCUCGUGUGUCUUGUUCUGGCAAUGGCCCUAGGAUGGGCUAAUAUGCUCUAUUUCACCAGAGGUUUCCAGUCCAUGGGCAUUUACAGUGUUAUGAUUCAAAAGGUCAUCCUGCAAGAUGUGAUAAAAUUUUUAGUUGUCUAUAUCGUGUUUUUGCUGGGAUUUGGCGUAGCUCUUGCUGCACUGAUUGACACUUGCCAAGAUGGCAGUGAAUGCCAUUCCAACAGCAGUCUGGGACCUGUUCUGAUGGAUCUUUUUAAGCUCACCCUAGGACUGGGUGAUCUAGAGAUCCAGCAAAAUUCCAAGUACCCUGUACUAUUUCUUCUGCUCCUCAUAACUUACGUUGUGUUGACUUUUGUUCUUCUCUUGAACAUGCUGAUUGCAUUAAUGGGAGAAACAGUGGAAGACAUUUCUAAAGAGAGUGAGCACAUCUGGAAACUCCAGAGAGCCAGAACUAUUUUGGAGUUUGAAAAAUUCUUACCCAAGUGUUUGAGGAGAAAAUUCCAACUGGGAGAGCGAUGUAAAGUGGCUGAAAAUGACACCAGGGUCUGCUUAAGGAUUAAUGAAGUGAAAUGGACCGAGUGGAAAACACACGUUUCAUUUAUUAAUGAAGAUCCAGGGCCAACAGAUCCAAGCAAAGUUCAAGACAAUUCAAGAACUAAUAGCAAAAACACCCUGAAUACGUUUGAAGAAAUGGACGAUUUGCCCGAGACUUCUGUGUAG